AUGUCGGCCAAAUCCGGGUAUGACGUGCUGAUCAUCGGCGCGGGCAUGUAUGGCCUGCAAGCAGCUCGGACAUAUCUAGAGGUCUAUCCCAACGCCAAACUAGUCAUUCUCGAAGGCAGCGAGCAACUGGGAGGAGCAUGGAGCCAGGGCCGCGUAUACGACACGCUCUGGACACAAGACAGCCACUCGGUCGCCGAGUUCUCUGACGUCGGACUUCCCCUCGAACCGGAUCAACUCAACUGUGGUCUCUUCCGUGCAACACACAUGACGACCUACCUCGAGAUUUAUGCGCAUUCACACAAAUAUGCGGGUUCCUCCGUGGCAGAUCGGAUCCGGUUCGCCUGCCGUGUCACACGGGUCAGCAAACUGGCUGAUGAUAAGACCUGUUGGGUUGUCGAGACCGAGCAAAAGGAUGGUCGGCCGUCAAGAACCUUCCAGGCUGACAAGGUCAUUGACGCGUCUGGAAUCACCAGCGAACCCGCUCUGCCGGACCUGCCAAACUUGCAUGCUUUCCGAGGCACGCGCAUGCAUGCCAUAGAACUGGCCAGUAACCAGCUGCAGAGCAACGAGAAGGCCAUGCGCAUAGUGGUAGCGGGCGGUGCCAAGUCUGCGGCGGAUGCAGCCUACGCCCUUGCGAAGGCGGGCAAGAUUGUGCAUUGGGUGGUCCGCAAAUCCGGCGGCGGGCCUUGCUGGUAUGCCCCAUUACACCCAAAACCGCCGUUUACCUCGACCGACGAGCCUCUCCUAACCCGGGUCCUGUAUUACAUCAUGUCGUCGCACUUUGUCAAGGACACUCUGAUUGUGCGCUUCAUGAACAGGACCGCGAUCGGGCGAUGGCUCACCCGCUUUGCGUGGAAGAGCAUCGAGGCCGACUUCAGGAAACGUGCGCGAUACGACCGCAAUGACGCCAUGGCGGUGGAGAAUGGGUUCAAGAAUCUGAUUCCGGACACGCCGCUGUUUUGGGCAAAUGACAAUACCGGUGUCGAGCAGCGGGACGACUUUUUUGACACCAUUGCGACCAAGGUGCGUGUUUAUCGCGACGAUAUCACGGAGGUGGAACCCAAUGCUGUCGUGUUAUCCGACGGAACGAGGAUCGAAACCGAUGCUAUGGUCUUUGGUACGGGGUGGAGGCAGGCCCCGAGUCACUAUGACGCGCAAACCGCGUUGGACUUGGGCCUCCCAGUACCCAUCGCAGGUACCGCUGGCAGUGUGGAGAGGCAGAGAUGGGACGCGGCGGAUAAAGAAGCAGAGAAGCGGGUGUUGCAGCGAUUUCCUAUCCUGGCCGAUCCGCCAAGAUACAACAAGAGGACUGCAUCCAUGACCCCUUAUAGACUGUACAGAUGCAUCUUGCCCAUCCAAGAUCCGAGCAUCGUAUCCCUAGGCCGCGUGAACAUUAUCAAUGGAUGGCGCGUAGCGGAAGUACAGUCGCUCUGGGCGGUCGCGGCUCUGAACGGGAGGCUCCCUGCGGCCACGGCCACGGCUACGAACAAGGAGGAGAUGCAGAUGCGGCAGGACGUGGCGGACACGGCCAUGUGGUGCGCCCGGCGGUACUUGGAUAAAGGCGCCAUGGCGAACUGGUUCCUUUGGGACUGCGUAGCGUACACAGACGCCUUGCUUGACGACCUGGGCCUAGUCAGCCACCUUGGCAAAGAAGGCUUGCUGCAGCCUUGCCGUGCGCAAAGCUUGCGCGGUUUGAUUGGCGAGUACAAGGCCAGGUAUGGCUCCAGGGAAUGA